UCAUUUCCAAUCAUGAGCACGCAGAGAGCUCGUUAUAAGAAGCUGUUUGAUCACCAGCAGCGUCAAGCCAUCCGUCAGUGUUGAACGAAUCCAGAAAUCGGCGCAGGAUGUGUUGACGUCUCCUCACUGUUCCUCCAGUUUCUCUGAAAUGGAGCUCUCUCUGCAGAGCUCCCCUUUAAUCAUAUCCAACACCAGCAUGCCACCAUGCCAGAACGCCACCGGGAAUUACACCAGCGACCAAUUCACUGAACUCAACCUCUUUGAAAUCCUGGGUCCAAAACGAUCCCCCUUCGUCCUCCCUGUGACCAGCGUUUACCUUCUCAUCUUCCUCACCGGGUUGUCCGGGAAUCUGCUCACAUGUGCGGUGAUCGCAAAGCACAAGAAAAUGCGGAACCCAACCAACCUCUACCUGGUGAGCUUGGCCAUGUCGGAUCUCCUGGUGCUUUUAUUUGGGAUGCCUCUGGAGAUCUACGACCUGUGGCAGAACUACCCGUUCCCCUUUGGCGAGGGUGGCUGCUACUUCAAGACCUUCCUCUUCGAGACGGUUUGCUUCGCCUCAAUCCUCAACGUCACGGCUCUGAGCGUGGAGAGGUACAUAGCUGUGGUGCAUCCGCUCAAAACACGUUACCUGUCGACGAACCAGCACGCCAAGAGGGUCAUCAGCAUCGUGUGGGUGGUGUCGAUGGUCUGCGCCAUCCCCAACACCUCCUUGCACGGCAUCUUCUACCUCCCAGAACACAUGGAGGAGUCGGCCAUAUGCACUGUGCUGAAGCCUCUGUGGAUCUAUAACAUGGUCAUGCAGAUCACCACAGUGUGCUUCUACUUUGUGCCCAUGACGGUGAUUAGCGUGCUGUACCUCGUGAUGGGUCUUCACUUGUGCAGAGAAAGGCGGCAGCCCAGCGGGAACCUGGGAAAGAACUGUAGCGGCAGCCUUCGGAGGAAGUUCAGCGUAAAUGGGCGCAGGAGACAGAUCAACAAGAUGCUCUCAAUCGUGGUGGCGGUGUUCGGAGUCUGCUGGGCGCCCUUUCACAUCGAAAGGCUCCUGUGGAGUUCCAUCAGCCAGUGGACAGAUCUGAUGCACAACAUUUAUCAGUAUGUUCACAUCCUAUCAGGUGUCUUCUUCUACCUCAGCUCAGCGGUCAACCCCAUCAUCUACAGCCUGCUCUCCACACGGUUCAGGGAGUGUUUCCGAGAACUCGUUUGCUCCCAUACGGAGGAUAACAGCUCUGUGAGAGACUCACCGCCAUUCCCUAAAAUUUUACUGGAACCAUCUGUCUCAGGUGGCAGAGCUCAGGCCGGGAAUAAGGACUCCAACGCUUUUAUCCCUCUGCUGUCUCCUAAAAUGACACUGAACAUGGACACCGCAAUCCUUACAUGUGCAUGUGAGGAGACGACCUGCAAGACCUCGGUGUUCUAA